AUGAACAGUGCCUGCCAGUUGCCAAGAAGACAUAAUGUGAAGUUAAUACUCUGCUUAGAUACUCAUGUUAAGUACAUAUCUAAAGAUGACAGGUGAACUAUUUAUUCAGUGAGUACAGUGUCUAGCAAACAAGGAUACCACUGGCAUUAUAUCGUCCGACCUGUGAUGGAUCCUGUUGAUCAGGACGAAAUGGAGGACAUGUAUAUACGUACUGUUGACGAAGAGGAUGAGAUUUCAACUGAGCAGGAGUGGGAUAAUUCUUCAGACACAUUCCCUACUCACGAAGGCGACGAGUCCGUCAUAAAUCUCCCGGUUGGUGGUGACGAUGGCCCAUCUUCAACUCUGAUAGAAACAGUUGGCCACUUCGGUUGUAGUUUCUGUGGCAAGAAAUUCCACCUAAUGGAAGACCUACAAAUACAUUUACAUAUCCAUAACGAUCAGACACUUUACAACUGCGAGACUUGCGGUAAAGACUUUACUCAUCCGCAGAGCUUAUUGAAACACAUCAGAGGGCACACGGGAGAAAAACCAUAUAAUUGUUUUGUCUGUGGUAAAGGAUUCGGUCUGUCUGGUGAUUAUCAAAGACACAUAAGAAUACACACGGGUGAAAAACCGUUCAAAUGUGAUGUGUGUGGGAAGGCUUUCUGUCAGAAAGGCGAUUUACAGAGACACACGCGUAUUCAUACGGGUGACAAACCAUACCAAUGUAAUGUAUGUGGAAAUGAAUUUGCUCAAGUAGGACAUUUGCAUGUGCACUAUCGUAAACACACAGGUGAAAGACCAUAUAUGUGUGAUAUCUGUCAAAAAGUAUUUUUUGUAAGGGAACACCUGCAAAAUCAUAUAAGAACGCAUACAGGAGAAAAGCCAUACAAGUGUGGAGUAUGUGGGAAAGGUUUCGCCGUUAAUGGUACACUACAGAUACAUCUUAGGACUCAUACAGGGGAACGGCCCUAUAAGUGCGAUACCUGUGGGAAAGGAUUUAGUGCUGGUGGGAGCUUACAGGCACAUCUACGGGUACACCGAGGAGAAAAGCCAUAUGAAUGUGACGUCUGCCAGAAAACAUUUACACAAAUUGGAAACCUGCAGCGACAUCGCCGAGUUCACACAGGAGAAAAACCAUUCAAAUGUCACAUUUGUGGUAAAGGACUUAGUGAAAAUAAAAGUCUGCAGGCUCAUCUCAGGAUGCAUGCAAGACUACAACUGAAAGAACAAACAGCCGUUCCCGAGAUUUGUGAUAGUUAUAUUCAAGGUUAUCCUGGAAAAGGGGGGAAAAGACCGCAACAAACCAGUAAAGGACACACUGACGUAAGGGAAAGUGUAACAUGAAAACCCAAAUGAUUUUUCUUUAACUUUUUUGUUGCCAUGUUGUAUAGUCUGAUUUUUAGUCUCUUGCAUUUUCUAAAAUAAUUCAAAAUAUCAAUACUCGAUACUCCAGGGGUUACGAUAGCUUUCGCUCCUUGCACCCAUAAAACAUCUGAUGGCAAAAUUGGAGGCACAAACGAAGUAAUUUCAUUAGUUCAAAGAGAAACAUCUGGCCGAUCACAGACUGAUACGUUUCUUUUGAAGAUUACAAAGGAGCGACACCCACCUUCGAAACCAUUACAAUAUACCGUUAGGCGACAUCGAAAUUCGUUUAAUAUACAUCAAAGGAUCAAACUGGUCUUGUUCACGAAGUGUUGCACGUAGAGCCUUCAGUUCGUCAUGACAAAUUCCAUAAACCGAGAACCGAGAGUGAUUGUAACCCCAGGAGUAUCAGUUGUCACAAUAAAAAUGUAAAGGAAAACAUUCUUUCAAAUCGUCCAUAGUAACAACACGCACAUUAUCAUGCAAUCCCGGAUGUAUUAACCAGGAGAAAAUAUGUAAAGUUACCAGGAUUAUGAUAUAAAUUUCAACUAUAUGUAAAUGCUGAUCGUGCCAUCCUUGGAGAAUACGGUAGUUCAAAAUUAUAGCUUUUAUGUUGGUUGGUCAGUUUUAUGUCCCAAGAACAACAGUAACAUUAUGCACGUACACAACUUUUUCCACCUAUCUGUACACUGUAGUUAAAUUGAAGCAAUUACAACCGAGACGACAUUGAGUACCAUACUCUGGGUAGAUGUUGGAUUUUGGCAGCACUUUUUCCGCCAAACAGUAUGUAAGGGUUAAACUACAUGUAAACAUUCCAAUUCCUUUGUCAUCCUCCAUCCAGCUCAGAAUGUAUGAUCAGUAUAACUGUCCAUUGGUGUAGAGAUAUCAAUAUUGACUAAAUGCUUUAUAAAUAUUAGAAUAAUGAUAGAGACAUGAUGCUGCCAUUCAUGUUACAUCCCAACCAUUCUACUUUUUUAAUCCACGAAGUGAUGUUUCAGCAUCAGAUGAUAACUGAAUUUGUGACCAAUGUAUUCUAAUGAAAAAUUCUCGUAUUAAGUAUAUUUUUAUGAAUGUUUUCUUCUUUUCUCGUCCCUUAAUGGUAAUGGUCCUAGAUUUUAGAACACUGCAACCAAUAUCACAAUUUCGACUUCAGCCUUUUAUAUGACCAUAUCAACACUUGUUAUUUUUUUGUGUUUUCACCAGUGGCCAAAAAUGUAUAUACCAUUUUUUUGUGAAUAGAUCCAAGUCCCAUUCCUAUGUUGAAAUAUAGUGAUUAGAAUUCUCACAUGCUACACUUUUGAUACAUGUUUUACCCUACAACUACUAUUACCCACAACUAGAAUAAUCGCCUUCUUUAGAAUAUUUGAAUAAUAAACAAAAGGUCUUAAAUUUCUAAUCUGUUGGGAUAGCUCUGAUCGUAAGUUUCACAGGAAACAGAAAUAAGCUAGUAGAAAAAUGAAGCAGGCUAUUUGUUUAACGUAAGAGCCAGUAGCCAGUCUAAUACAUAAAAACACUAAUAUUGUGAUUUGAUAAUUAGUUUUGCCAUAUUCAAUUAGUGGUUUAAUUUUUUUUUAAAUUGACACCUUUUAAGUUCGCUUGAUUGUGGAAAUGUUAGUAUACAAAUGAAGUAGGCAUGUGCUGAAGAUACACACGUUUUCUGUGCCCGAGACCAAUCUACAAUAAUUUCAAUUAGGUUAAAAAUAAAUUUCCAUAAUAUAAUCGAUAUCUGUAGAAUUUUGGUAACAAUUACAUGUACAAGUUUAAAACCUGCAUAGCUUUGUUUAUACAUAUAUAUAUAUAGUUUGUGAACAUUGUGUCAAUGUAACAUCAAGGCAUGUACAUACAUGUGUACAUGAUGUCUAUUACAAGAAACACAGGUCGAAAACAUCCCUCUCAAUAGACAUGAAGCAAACUACAGAUCAGCCAGUCGAAAAAGAACUGAUAUUAUUUUAAUUUCUGUUUUGUUUUAGAAUCAAUAUUGAUUCUAAUGCCAUGUCAUUCAUGUUUGAUAGGAUGUCAGAUUGGUUUUUAAUCAUGACAAAGAAGUAUGCUUUCCAGAUCUUUAAAUAUCCAUGCAUAUAUUGUAUAUGUAUGCGUCCACCCUGUGGGACAUCAGUUAUUGAUUUUUUUUAAAGUUGUAAAAAAAUUCAUUGUUAUGUUAUGAUUAAAUGAAUAAAACUUAUCGUGGUGA